GAGUCACGACCUCUGGCUCUCGGCAUUCCCGGUGGAUAAAUGAGGUGCAGGGAGGGAGUCGCUCUGAGGAUGAUGCCUGGCUCUGUCGGCAGGCAGAUCCCAGAUCCCACGCCGUGCUUCCCUCUGCCGAGUGGGAUUUUCAAUGGCUGCAGGAAGAGUUUGCUGUUCCCUCCUGAGCUUGUGAUGCCUGUCUCCCUGGAUAUGCACUUUUCCUGAAAUACCCUUCUGGGAGAGGAGGAUGCGCAGCGGCUGGACCACAUGCCAUGAGGUGAGUGCCGUGCCUGCUGAACUUCCUGGGACCCGCCAGCCAUGCCAGGGAUUGUCGUGUUCCGCCGGCGCUGGUCUGUGGGCAGCGAUGACCUGGUUCUGCCAGCCGUCUUCCUCUUCCUCCUUCACACCACCUGGUUUGUGAUCCUCUCGGUGGUGCUCUUCGGGCUGGUGUACAAUCCCAACGAGACGUGCUCCCUGAACCUGGUGGACCACGGCCGGGGCUACCUGGGAAUCCUGCUGAGCUGCAUGAUCGCCGAGCUGGCCAUCAUCUGGCUCAGCAUGCGCGGGAGCAUCCUGUACACGGAGCCGCGGGAUUCCAUGCAGUACGUCCUCUAUGUCCGACUGGCGAUCCUGGUGAUCGAGUUUGUGUACGCCAUCGUGGGCAUCGUGUGGCUGACGCAGUACUACACCUCCUGCAACGACAUCACAGCCAAGAGUGUCACCCUGGGAAUGGUGGUGUGCAACUGGGUGGUGAUCCUGAGUGUGUGCAUCACUGUCCUGUGCGUCUUCGAUCCCACGGGACGCACCUUCGUCAAGCUCCGCGCCACCAAGCGCCGGCAGCGCAACCUAAGGACCUACAACCUGAGACACCGCCUGGAAGAGGGACAAGCCAGCAGCUGGACACGCAGGCUCAAAGUGUUCCUUUGCUGCACGCGGACAAAGGACUCGCAGUCGGACGCCUACUCCGAGAUCGCCUACCUUUUUGCGGAAUUUUUCCGAGACCUGGACAUCGUCCCCUCCGACAUCAUUGCGGGGCUGGUUCUCCUGCGGCAGCGGCAGCGGGCCAAGCGCAGCGCCGUGCUGGAUGAGGCAAACAAUGACAUUUUAGCUUUCCUGUCCGGAAUGCCAGUGACCAGGAACACCAAAUACCUGGAUCUGAAGAAUGCGCAAGAGAUGCAGCGGUACCGGGAGGUGUGUUACUACAUGCUCUUCGCCCUGGCUGCCUAUGGAUGGCCCAUUUACCUCAUGAGGAAGCCCACGUGUGGACUCUGCCGCCUGGCCAGAUCCUGCUCAUGUUGCUGCCUGUGCCCGUCGCGUCCGCGCUACGCUCCCGGCGUCACCAUCGAGGAGGACAACUGCUGUGGCUGCAACGCCAUCGCCAUCCGGCGCCACUUCCUGGACGAGAACAUGACCUCCGUGGACAUCGUCUACACUUCCUGCCACGACGCCGUUUAUGAAACCCCUUUCUACGUGGCCGUGGACCAUGACAAGAAGAAGGUGGUCAUCAGCAUCCGUGGAACUCUGUCCCCAAAAGAUGCCCUGACGGAUCUGACGGGGGACGCGGAGCGCCUGCCGGUUGAGGGGCACCAUGGAACGUGGCUGGGACACAAGGGCAUGGUGCUGUCUGCUGAGUACAUCAAGAAGAAACUAGAGCAGGAGAUGGUGCUGUCCCAAGCUUUUGGACGGGAUUUGGGAAGAGGAACAAAACACUACGGCCUGAUUGUGGUUGGGCAUUCCCUGGGAGCUGGCACAGCUGCCAUCCUGUCCUUCCUGCUGCGCCCCCAGUAUCCAUCCCUGAAGUGCUUUGCCUAUUCCCCCCCAGGUGGGCUGCUCAGUGAGGAUGCCAUGGAGUAUUCCAAGGAGUUUGUGACUGCGGUGGUGCUUGGCAAAGAUCUGGUGCCCAGGAUCGGGCUCUCUCAGCUGGAGGGAUUUCGCCGGCAGCUUCUGGAUGUUCUCCAAAGAAGCACCAAACCAAAGUGGCGGAUCAUCGUGGGGGCCACCAAGUGCAUUCCCAAAUCCGAGCUUCCCGAGGAGCCGGAGGAGAACUCGGUGACGAGCAACCGGCUCUGGACACAUCCCAGUGACCUGACCAUCGCCCUGAGCGCCAGCACCCCCCUGUACCCCCCCGGCCGCAUCAUCCACGUGGUGCACAACCACCCUGCCGAGCAGUGCUGCUGCUGUGAGCAGGAAGAUCCCACUUACUUUGCCAUCUGGGGGGACAACAAGGCCUUCAACGAGGUGAUCAUCUCCCCGGCCAUGCUGCACGAACACCUCCCCUAUGUGGUCAUGGAAGGGCUCAACAAGGUCUUGGAGAACUACAACAAGGGGAAAACAGCUCUGCUUUCCGCAGCCAAAGUGAUGGUGAGUCCUACGGAAGUGGAUCUCACCCCAGAGCUGAUAUUCCAGAGCCAGCCCUUGCCCAGCUGCCCCUCUGUGCAGAUCGGAACUGGAGCCAUCCCAGCAGACAGAAGGAACAGCAGUACCAAGAGCAAAUCCCAUUCAGAAAUCAGCCUGGAGGGGUUCUACGAGACGAAGCCGCUUUCUCCCGUGCAGAAAGACCCCGUGGAGCUGCUUCUCCUGGACACUAAGGAACGUCUCUCCGUGGAGCUCCAGGACCGCCGCGCCCCUCUGGCCACCAUGGAGAGCCUCUCGGACAACGAAUCCAUCUAUAGCUUCGAUUCCCGGCGCUCCUCCGGUUUCCGGAGCAUCCGGGGCUCCCCCAGCCUCCAUGCGGUCAUGGAGAAGGACGAGACGCACUGCUUUUAUAUAGACCCCGUUAUCCCUGAGGAAAACCCUUCCCUCAGCUCCCGGACAGAGCUGCUGGCUGCCGACAGCCUCUCCAAGCAUUCCCAGGAGACGCAGCCCCCGGAAAACGUCCUCAACAGCGGCGGCACCACCCCCCAGCGCCGCUGCAGUGCCGAGGGCACCGGGAGCGACGGGGAGCGCGCGUCCUUGUCCCCUCGGGAAGAGCCGGCGCUCCACAACGGCCGCCUGGCCGACGUUCCCAGCCCCCAGGUGCUGGAAUUCGCCGAGUUCAUCGACAGCCUCUUCAACCUGGACAGCAAAAGCAGCUCCUUCCAGGACAUUUACUGCAUGAUGGUGUCGGACAGCUCCAGCGACUUUGCGGAGAUUCCCAAAUCCGUCAGCGACCAGGAGAUCCUGCUGAGGGCGCAGUACGAGCCCAACUUAGUCCCAAAGCCCCCGAGGUUGUUUGCGGGGUCGACGGAUCCUUCGUCGGGAAUCUCCGUGUCGCCCUCUUUCCCCCUUAGUUCAUCCGGAGAACUCAUGGAUAUCACUCCCACGGGUGUGAGCAGCCAGGAAUGCCUGGCCACGGACAAAAUCCGGACUUCCACCCCCUCCGGACACGUAACCAGCCCUGCCAAGCAGGACGACCUCAUGAUUUCGGCCCUUUAGUGCAGGGGAAAGGGGUGGAGUGAUCCCAGUGGGAUAAUCCAUGGAGGAGGCCGUCAUCGGGCAGUUGGGAUCAGAGGAGACAGCUGGAAAAAUCCCUUCUGGGGUGACACAGUGGUGGUGUCUGGAGGAUGGAUUGUGCUGGAAUCGCGUGCUUGUGGCUGGGAGAAGCUUUGCCCCACGGGGCCUGAGAGGGUCUGAGGCACUAAAGUUCCCUACCUCAGCCUGUCUCAUUCCAGAGGCAGAUUCCUUGCCCCGGGGCACCUGCUGAGUUUGGGAGUGAGCUACCUGGAUAGAUGGAAGCAGGAGGGGGCCGGGCCAGAUCCCUCCCCUCAGGACCGAGCCGGUGGUUUGGGAAAUGAGCGGAUUGAGACUUUGGGCCCUGUUGCACUACCACGGAUCCGGCCCAAGAUCCAAUUCGGCACACUUCCAUGGGGAUUGCUUUUGUAGGACACUCCUGUUUUAAAGCCAUUGGGGCUGUAUUCCCCCCAAAUCCAGUCCCCUCUUCCCGGCCAGGCGCAGCAGGAAUGGGGCUGGCACCAUGGUUUCUCUCCCCCGAGUAGUCCUGAGAGGGAAGAACGCUGUUCCCAAGAGCCCAAUCCCUCUGCCACGUCCCUCCUUUGGCAGAAAGUUCUCCUGGAUAUCACCCCCCAUCGCUCCUUGGUUCCCUGGACCCCUCCGAGCCGGCGACAUUCCUGUGGGACUGCCAGGAAUCAUCUCGGAGCUGCACGGAUGUGGAUGGAUCAACUGCAAAAUGCACCCAGCGUUGUUUUCCAGGCCCCUGCGGAGUCUGGGAGUCUCUCCUGGAUCCCUGGGGGUCCUCACACCACCCAUAUGCAGCAUCCACGGAUCAGUGCCAGCCUCUGUCGUUGGGAAUUCAGGGAAAAGAUGGACUUUUUCCCAGUGUUGCAAUCUCUUGUAUGUUUACAGAGCUGCUGAGCUGGUUGGAAGGUAUUUAUUAAGGAAAUAGGGAGGCUUUCCCGAAGGAAAAUCCACGGUAAUCCUCUCCUUCCCGUGCUGUUCCCUCUGGGAACUGAGGCAAGAGAGGAUGGGCAGGCAGGAUUCCAAGCCCCCUGCUUCCCAAGUGGCUUGGAUUCGGGGGUAACCGCCUGCUCCCCUCUUCCACCCUCUCUCCACCUGCACAAUUCCGUGUAGGAAAGCUUGAGCAAGUUGUUAGGAAAACUACCUGAGCCUCCGGGCCCGGAGGAGCCUGCUCCACCUCUCCAGGCAGGUUUUCCAAUGAUGGGAGCAGGAGGAAAACUACCUAUCCUAGGAAAUGACACAUUCUUGGGACCUGGAAAAGGCCUUGAAUUGACCCAACUCCCCUUCAGAGCUCAGCAGUUACCGAUGGCUCUCCCCGGAGUUCCGUCCUCCCUCCCUGGAAAAGAAAUUCCUGGUUUAACUUCCGUAGAAUCCUGUGGUUGCUCCCUUUCGCUCUCCUUACUGGCGCUAUUUCCAUUGUGGGAGGACACUGUGCUUCCCGGGAGCUCAGCUCCUGGCAAAUCCCGGGGUUCCUGUUCUCCACGGGGGCUCCAGAAACCCCGGGAUGGGUCAGGGCUGUGCUUCCCGGGAGCCAGUGGGAUCCGAUGCCAUCAAGGAGCACUUUAUAACCAGUGUGCAUUGAUGUAAAUGACCCUGGGCGCACGGAAUUCCACGGGAUUCUGUGUCCAAGUGCUGAUGUCCCACUCCAUCCAGCGUGGGAUGCUCCAGCCCCUGCUCCUUACCCAUUACAGAGCCUUCAGAAGUGCUUCAAGCGGGCAGGAAAACAUUAUCCCUGUGGUUUAAGGUUCCAAAGGUGACCUUUCCCUGAGUGGAAUGAGAGGGAGGAAGCCCCUCUGGAUUCAGAGGGAUUUGGAGAAGGAAAACUCCUUUUAUUCUGAGCAACCAGAAGUUCCUUUUGUUUUUGUAGGUCCUUAAAAGAGGAGCAGGGAGCAGGUGGUCCGGGAGUACAGCACAGGGUAAGGAGGAAUUCCUGCACUCAGGAAACACUACCAAGGUGAUUUUUCAGGAAUACGCACAAAAAUCCGGGAAGCUUUGAGGGGAAAAGGGGAGCUGAGGGGCAGGGAGGCUGGGGCUAGCGGGCUAGCUCCCCUCCUGGCCCAGGAGUCGGGAUAAGGAGCUCAUUCCUGCCCUUAUUCCCGGCGGGAAUUAACCCUUAGCACUAAGGCAGAGCUUGGGAUCUGCAAAGCACUUUAAAACACUAAGGAAAAGGAUCAUCUCUGUCCCUGGGAGUGACAUGGAUACCUGGGAUUAGAUGGAACUACUGGUGGGAGGUGCCUCCAGGUGAGGAAAAGUGGGAUAUCUCCCUCCUAAAAUGAUUCCAGUAGGAACCUGCUGAUGUUCCAUGGCUCAAAUGUUGCACUAGAAAGUCCCUUCCCUGACGUUCCUCCGCCGUGUCCUGGAAGACUCAAUCCUUGGGUGACUGUUUCCUUCUCUGUGCCAUUGGAACUGUAUCCCAUGGGAAUGGCCUUCCCUUGCCCUGGCAGGAGGCAGCCUGGAAUGCCGUGGUUUUUUUGCUCUGUGGUUACUGGACUUUGGAAAAGCCUGGAAAUACCUAAUUCCCGGGAGCUGGGCUUGCCACAGGUCAAGGAGUAAAGGCACAAAAGAGCCCCUCUCAUUGUAUCCCGUCACAGAUAAUUCCUGGUGUUUGUUGACAAACAGAUCUGAUCCAGUCCUCCCAAAUGAAAUCCACGUUCUUGGAACGAUUUCUGCUUUAAAUGUCUCCGUGUCUUGAUCCCCAUCACUGUGUCUCGAUCCCCUAGCAUUCCGUGUCUCCAUUCCCAUCACUCCUUCGCUAUCUGGGCAUUCGGAAAGGCUGAUCUCCCAUUUCCUCCUGGAAAAACACACCUUGGAAUGCUGAAAUAAAUGCUAAAGCUGCAGCUACCUCCUUCUUCUGUACUGUACACACUUCCUACUUUCUCUUCCUGCUCUGCCUUUGGGAAUACGAAGCAUCUCCAGUUUUCCGAAUCUCUUGGCUUCUGCUUCUUCCUCUUCAGCUUUGUGCCUUCUAAUCUUUGGAUAUUCCCACAAUAUUCCAACAGGAUGUUCCACUCUGUGCAGAGGCAGCGCUGGAAGUGCCUGACACCCCAGAUCCCAGAGUCACCCAUUCCAUGCCUCAUCCUUAAAAUCCAUUCUGAUCCUUCCUCCUUGGACUGAGUGACCUUUAAAGGUCCUUUCCAACACAAACUUUUCCAAGAGUUUCUUGGCAGAGGAAUGGAGCUGGGGCUCUUCUGCACCAGUAAAUUGAUUUUAUUGUUGCUUUUGUUGCAGCAGUGCCAAAAAUUUGGGAAGGAUCCUGCAGUGCUGGGGAUAUACCGGCCCUUUUCCAAUAUUUAUCAGUAUUCCUUCUCCUUUGGGACUGCCUUCUCCAUUUGGAAUAUUCAUUUCCUCCUAAAACUUCCCUCUUUUCUUUGCUUCCUCUUCCUCUCACCUAUUUCAGGAGCCACCUCAUCCCUCCCUUCUCUCGGGUGCUGGUGGCUCAUCCCACAUCCUUGGUAGCACAUAGGAAACAUGGGAAAACUAUUCCCCACCAUCUCACGAUGAUCCAAAGCAGUUAAAUGGGAUUCUUGGAACUUUUUAGGACCUUUUUUCCAAAGCAAACAGCAUUUGUAGGAGGUACUUUGGUGUCUGCAGAGGGCUGGGAUGGCACAGCUGGUGGGGAGUGUGGACAUAGAAUUCCAGUGAUUCCCAGUUCUGCUCUUUUAGGAUGUUAGAUCCCAGGAAUAGCUGAUGGUCCCAAGCAGGAUUUAAGUGGGAAAUCUGUUUCCAAGGGCACAUAAGAGGGAGGAAAAGCUCCAAGCGUGGGGAUCCAGGAUCAGUAUCUAACACAUUCUCCAUGCACUUUGAUGUUUUCCCAGCUUUUGCUGCUCUUUCCCUGCAGGCAGAUAAUAUUUAUUUCCAUGGAAUCGCCCACACAGCUUUCAUUUACAAAUUGGGACAUAGGAAUAAUCAGGAUUACUCCUGGCAACGGGAAUUAGGUGGGAUUAAUUGUCGCUGGAAUGGGUGUGUUUAGAUUUGUGUUUUGGGGCUGUAUCCAAGAACCUCCGUUGAAUUUCCAUGGGCAGCUGUGUUUGCCUUGGGAAUUGCUGGGUUGGAGCUCCCCUCGGUGCUGGCUUUAUCCUUAUCCAUUCUGGGAUAUUCUUCCCUUGGCAGUAGGACAUCCUGGCUUUGCAGGAUGGGAGCAGGAAUAUUUCAUUCCCACGGGUUGUGGGAUGGUGGUUGUAACUGCAGCCUUUGAGGAACAUCCAAACGUUGCCUAGGGAGGUGUGGACUCCCCAUCCCUGGAAAUAUUCCAGGCCAGGUUGGAUAAGGCUUGGAACAACCAGGGCUAGGGAAAGGUGUCCCUGCCCAUGGCAGCGGGUCAGAACUGGACGAGCUUCCAAACGAUUCUGGAAUUCUGUGAUUCCCUGCUUGCAGCGUUACAGUGCUGCAGGAAAAGGAGGGUUGGAAUUCCAGCGGUGGCUCCGCAUGGAUUGCUCUGCUGAGAAAUUCCUCUGAAGGAAGCAGCUGGAAAGCACUGCCUGGAAUUGGGCUCGUUGCUUUGUUCCCAAACAAGCCUGUGCAGCGCUGACUUUUGGGAAGAGGUGCUGGAUUUCGGGAAGAGGCGCUGGAUUUCAGGAAGAGCCUCAUUUCUGGUGCCAAAGCUCCCUCUCAUGGCUCCUGCAUGGAGGAGGCGAUGCUCCAUGGAUCCUGCUGGAGGCAAACACUGCCCAUCCUUGGCAGCCGUGGGAAGGAGAGGAGGGAAUGUUGCAGCUGGUAGCUGGGAUUUGGUCUGGGAGUCCUUUGCUCGCCAGUCAGAUCCACGGUGGAGUUAUGGAUGGAGAGAGGGAUGGGAAGGGGGCUGAUCAACAGUCACUGAUGUCCUUCCCCUUCUUCCAGCUCCGAGGAGCUGCUUAAGGGCUGGAAAUUCCAAACAUCCAAGGAUUGGAGCAAUUCCUUGCUUUGUCGUAGGGAGUCAUCAUCAGCCUCCGAGCGCUUUGCUGUCUCCACUCCCAUUGUUUUUUCCAUGUUUUUUGAGUUCAUACCUCUUGUGCCUUUGUUCUCCCUGGCUUCAGGUCCCAGAUUUCUGGGAUCAGACAUCUCCCACCUUCCUUUCCCGCUUUUCUGGGAGUACAGAAGUGUGGCCAAGGUCUGGUAGGAGCUGUCCUUGCUCCUGAGCUGUCCCGUUCUGCCUCAGCCAGGACUUUCCUGCAUCUUCCCACUUUUCCCUGCUGCCUGAGGUCGUAUCCAAGUGCCAAAAGCAAAUCCUGGCCUGAGGCAGGCGAUUUCCUCCAACCCACACCGUGUUUCUCCCUGGCUCCUGAGCAGCCCCUUCCAAAGGUAAGCUCCCUGGGAAUUUUUCCUGUUUUCCUGACAUCACUGUGUGACGCCUUGCUCCAUGCCCUGACAUUCCCACCUUCCCAGCACACCUGUGGGAUGAAGGGAAGCUCUCCCUGUCUCCACCUCUUGAUUCCUGAAAAUCCUUGCAGCACAGGAACAAGCCUUGACGUUGGUUUUUCUUGGGAUUCCACUCCCCUGCUUCCCACCCCAGGCUUUGUGCAGUUCCGAUGGCUCAGAGUCGGAAGUCCCAGGCAGGGCUGGCACGGGCCUGUCCUGCCGGGAUGCCCAAUUUUGGGAAGUCUGUGUGCAAAGGGAUCCCGGCAGGGGGUUUUUCCUAGGACACUGCCACACUCCUUGGGUCCUAACUCCUUUCCCGGGAUGUCCCCAGCGCUCGCUGGUGCCGAAGUGGCCUCACCCUGCAGCUCCAGCUUCCCACCUUUCCCUCCACAAGUCCAGGGAAUACUCUCGAGCUCCUGUCCUGGCGCUAAGUGGAAUUCCUAAUGGCACAGGAAAUUUGGGGAUGGGCUCUGCCUCCCUGUCUGGAAUGUUGUGCCCUGCGAGCCCCUUUCCUUUGGCUCUGCCUCUCUGGAAAAGGCCUUCCUGCCUGUCACCUGUGUCCCAUCCCGUGCUGGGGCAGCUCAGAGCAGGAUACCUCCGGAUUAAUUUCCUGCUGGAUCCUAAUUGCCUCCUUAGAGCUGAAGCCUUUGGCAUUUUUGGGAGAACCAGCCCUUCCAGGGAGCUCUGAGCCGCUCCCGCUGCCUCUGGCAGGGCUUUUGGAGCACUCGGAUAUGCAAGUGGGGGGGAAAACAGCCCAGCAUCUUGCGUCCCCAUGCUCAUCCCGGGAAUGCUGCCCUCUGAAUCCCUGCUCCGAGCUGCCCCAGCAUGAAGAUUCCAAGGAAACUCAAGCACUCCUCAUGUGCCCUUCAUUCUCCAUGUGACUUUUUUUGUACCUCUGUACGAAAGAUCCGAACUAAUCCUGCUGUAAAGAAAGAUCCGGAUGAAUUAUAACCCAAUUCCAGAAACAUGGAUGUAUAUAAAUUUUCUGUAUAUUCUAUGGCACUCUGUAUAAAAUGGAUGUUGGAAGCAUG